AUGAUUAGUGAUUCAGCUAACGAUAAUGCUGAACCUCAUCAAACUCAACAAAACAAUCAGAAAAAAAGGAAUCAAAAGAUGAACAAGAAAAGAAUGAUGUUAAACACAGAGUAUAUUACUAAAAUAAGAGCUGAAAGAGAAAAGAAACGUGAAUUAGAGAGAGAAUAUAGAAUGAAACAUGGAUUUGAACCAGAUAUUCCAUCAGAAUUACAAUUUAUUAAACGACCAUUAUUAACUUUACAUGAUGAUGAUCCUGUAAAGGGAACCAUGUUGAAAAUCAUGACGUAUAAUUGUUUGGCACAGAGUUUGAUUCAAAGGGAUUUGUUCCCAGGGAGUGGACAAGCUUUGAAAUGGGUUAGAAGAUCAAAAGUAUUAUUGAAUGAAUUAAAAUAUUAUGAUUCAGAUUUAUUAUCGUUACAAGAAAUAGAUUUCGUUCAAUUUAAACAAUAUUGGAAAAUAGUAUUGGCAAAAUUGGGUUAUGAUUGUGAAUUUUAUAAGAAAAAUGGGAAAAUUCAUGGUGUUUUGAUCGCUUGGAAACGUAACUUGUUUGCAAAAGUAAAAUCAUUACCCAUUGAUUUCGAUGAAACAUUAUCUGGUACAAUAAAGCCUAGAACAAGAACGAAAAAUGUUGGCCUUGUAAUAGCUUUGGAAUUUUUAAAUAAAGAUAAAAGUGCAAUAAAGAAAAAAGGAGUUAUUAUAGGUACAACGCAUUUAUUUUGGCACCUAUUCGGAACAUUUGAAAGAACAAGACAAUGCUAUGUUAUGAUGGAUCAAAUGGAUAAAUUCAUGAAGAAACUUGGAGGCAUUGAAAAAUGGUAUCCUUUUUUUACAGGUGAUUUUAAUUCUCAGCCAAAAGAUGCUCCAUAUGUAUCUAUAACAUCCAAACCAGUAUCUUUUCAGAAUGAAACUAAAAUUGUAAUUGAAUGUAGCGCAGCAUACAAGUAUUCUAAGAAAAGAAAUGGGGAAGAGGAAGAAAAAAAUGAGGGGAAGGAAAAGCAACACGAGAUAGAUAGUUCCGAUUCUAGUGAUGCAGAGACAGAUGAAGAGAAGGAAGAAAUUAUUCCAAACCAACCUUCGAAUGCGAGACCUUUACAUUUCACACCAACAAGAGAACAAGCAGAGUUAGUAAGCCAGCUUGCGGCAUUACAUAAUUCAUUAAAUUUACGAGCCAUAUCAUUAUAUUCCGUUGGCUACCGAAAAGUUGACCCUGAAAAUGCAUAUAUCAAUAAUGAUCGUGGGGAACCUGAAUUAUCGGAAUGGGCUAGGAUGUGGUCCGGAUUAUUAGAUUACAUUUUUUUCCUCCAACACUGGGACGGUAAAACAAAUCAUGAAAAAGUAGACUCACUGAAGACGUUUGAAAGAGAAAAUAACGUCAAGCUUCGAGGCCUUUUAAAGAUGCCUCAAAGCAAAGAAAUGUGUGAACAUGCAAUACCAUAUAAGGGAGAAUAUCCUAGUGACCAUCUUUGUAUGAUGAUCCAACUAGAGUUGCUUGAAUAA